AACCAGAGCGUACUACAAGUAGCUAUUAGCUAUUGGUCACAUACAAAAAGUCCGCAAUCGGUCGCUGAAUCACAAAGUUCAAAAAACAUGAGUCACCGAGCAAUUCAACGCCUACGACGAGAACGCGAAGCCGAGAUAUUAGCUUCGGUCAAUAACGAGAGCGACGACGACAACGAGGACGACAGUAGCGACGAAGAAAACAUUGCUGCGACGAAGAAAUCCAAUGUUUUCGCUGCAGCUAUGUUCGAUGACGACUCCGAUGAUGACUCCGAAAGUGAUUCCGAUGACCAUCCGGAGGAAAACUCUUUUUCGAACGAUGAACAGGGCGACCGUGAAGAAUCCACUGCGUUGCCAGCGGUGAUGAAACAAGGCGGCAAUAAGCAAACAAAUACUCUGGAGGUGGAAGAUUUGGACACUCUUUUGGAAGAGUACAAACUUCAGGACAAAAAUCACGAAGUGGUCACCGGAGUAGCUACUAGUAAUGAACAAGCUCCCUGUUUUUACGAUAUCAUCACCUCGAGAAUGGAGGUCCGAGAUUUGGAUAUUGAACACGUGCGGAGAUCUUUGUUUGGAGGCCUAGAUGGAGGAGGUGGUGCUCCUGCGUCGUCUGCUCGCCGGAAUCACCGACAGCACAAUGUCUUUGGAACCCUGAUUGACAACUGGCCUCGUCCCMCUCACUAUGUCGGAGGUGGAAUCGGAAUGAAAUCUUACUGUGACAAUGCGGCUUCCUCCUCUUCCAAAACACUGCCAUGGCCGUAUUGUGACAUGAAAGAAGGAGACGCGCGAUGUCCUCCAAUCAAAAAGUGGGUCGAAUUUGCAUACUCCGACAGCUAUCUUCGAGAUUACGAAGACAUGAAGACAAUCCAGGCUUCUGGGGACCCCAAUGCCCUGGCUCUAUUUGUUGCACACCACCCAUUCGUUGUAGAAGCACUCCUCCAACUCUCGAUUGUGAUGUAUCAGAUGAAUCAAAGCAGGGAGGGGCUUUCGUUUUUGAAACGAGCCUUGUGGGUGUUUGAAUGCGCAGCACCAAAUAGUUUUCUAAAAGUAUCAGAGAGGUGUGCAUUGAUGGACUGUCAGAAAGAUGCCAACAAACCGUUCUUUUCGACUCUCUUUCGGCUUCUGCGAGUGAGUUACGUGGGAGGAUUGACGCGUACAUCGUUAGCAUCAGCGCAAUUCCUGCUAUCUCUCGAUCCUUUGUGUGAUCCGAUGAAUGUUUUGCUGAGCAUGGAUCAUUUUGCAGUCAAGUGUAACACAGAGUCUUGUAACAGUUGGAUUGUCGAUUUUGUGGAGAGCGACAAGGUAGGUUUUUUGAAUCGAUCAAUGCAACCAAACUCUAUUUUUUUUAGUGCACACUUCGCUUACCUUUUUUUCAUUUCAAACCAAACUCCUUUUUGAUCGAACCAACCUAUUUCCUUUCCUUUUCUCAACCACAAAAAGGUGUCCAUUAUGUAUCGAGAUGACGAGAACCAUGAAGUAUUUGAAUGUCAGCUUCGAGAUCUACCUAAUUGGAGCUUUUCGUAUGCGUUGGCACUCUUCAAUCUCUACAAAUCAACUUCUUCGGAGGCUUAUUCAAAAGAGAGAGCGGAUAAUGCAAUCAGAACUGCACUUUGUCAGUUUCCCUCUGUAAUUGGCCAGCUGUUGGAGAAAAACGACGUGGAUAUCAAGAGUCGCUCAUUACGAACAGAUUGGCCAACAGUCAUUGAAUUCAUCGACGAUCUCAUCUGCCAGUUUCAAAAGAAUCUUUCCAAUGCAACGAAGUCUGACCCCGCAAUAAGAGCAUAUACUUCCCAGGCAUAUGAUACCAUUGUUCGAAUUUUUGUCCAGCAAAAUUUCAAGUCGUGGUCGUCAUUUGCUGUGAUGAAAUGGAUGUACGAGAAUCUUGUUGCGUUAAAGGAAGAAACAAAAAUUGGAGAAGGGUUGAAGGUAUCACCCCCUUCGCCUGCUAUGAUGCGAUAUGCAAAGGCCAAUCCGACCGACUAUGAAGACAAGUUCCAAACCAUGCCUGCCGAAGCAAAUCCUUUUGACCCAAAUAUUAUUGCCCUUGCUCUCAACGUUGAUCCAAAUCGUCGACGUUUGGUGCAAAGGAAUCCACGCCACGCGGGUGCUGAUCUCAUGGACAUGGACGGAGUCGCUUUCGCGUAAGUUACUCAACAUGACAUUUACUUAUGAGCCAAGUGAAAGGCUAUGUGCUACGUCGAUCUCACAUUUUGGCAAUACAGUAACAGGAACCAGUAUUUCGCAGGCCCUCCAACUGUACUAAUAGAUCCAGAUCUUCCACUUCUGGAAGUGUUCUGGAGAAGUGCUUUGCCUUGGGUUCGUGUUGAAGGUGUUCCUCCUCCAAAUAGAUAGACUUUAUUAUGCCUUUUUGAGAACACUAAAAUGAGGAUUACAAGAAAUGAUUGAGAUAAUAACACCCAAUAGUGUAA